GGGACCCGCUAUAUAUAUAACGUUAUAUUUAUCAUUCCCAUAAAACUUCUUUUUAAUUUAGCUUUGACUCCACCGUUCCUCUUCAGCCCGCUAAAACUUCUUUGCCCCCCGUCGUUCUAGUCUGUGUAACGCAAAGUCCGCUGUCCAGGGCUGUAAGAAACUGGCCCCUCCUGGAGCCGGCGGAUGUUUGGCGGGCCGCUAUAAGCGAGAUCUAAUCAGGCUACCGUCGUUCCUCUUUGUCUCGAAGUAGGCUGCUUAUUCCCCGUUGACAGCUUUGAAUCCAACGACGCCGUCAACCGGUAUACGUACUAACGUUACCCCUCAAUCGAAGUAGUAACGUUUAGUUAGUGUAACGUGUUACUUCUGAAUAUUGUAAAUCGUAAAAAAAUCGGUGGUUGGAUUUUGAUCUAUUUUCACGGUGACCUCCCACCGACACCGCGGACAUGCGUUUCCAAUGUAUUACUAGCUGUACUGCAUAAUUGUUUCAAUCGCGAAUAUAAAACAUCGCUAAAUCUCCUUUCCCGCCUCCUACCGCGAAACAAAAUGCAGCUUCAGUAUGAGAGCAACUAUCUCAUGAUCGUAACAGAGCCAGACACAUUCCCUGUAUUGUCUUUUAUUUUUCAAGCUGGGUCACCAUGAUGAUUUAUGUCAUUUGCGAACUUUCCCCGCGGAAUGUUUGUUCAUACCUUGAUACCUUGAUGAUACCUUCAUAAGUUAUUAAUUACUCAGAUUUGGUAUAAAAAAGGGAUUCUGCUCCGCAUCUUGUGACAACAACAAAAUAAUUCAUAAGGCCUGGACUUGACAAUACGAAAACCACCUUCACCUUGUCAUCGGUGUUAUAUUCCUCCUCCCCACCUGUUAAAUAAGUUGAUACAAAACAAGUCAACACUGUAACAUGUUUAACGCUACAAACAUCACAGAAAGUGAUCUAACUGGUUGAAUACUGGAGUGUCCCCUUUCAGAGGAUCAAAUGUACUCAGCUGCCCGCGAACAAAUGGUGAAGUGCUAUUCUAGUACCGACCUAACCUGCCAGGCGGCAUGAUGAAUGCCUUCUCACGUUCCCCCAUAGCAACCAGGUAUGACCCCUGGCGCACCGUACGCCACAGCACACCUGUAGGACCUGUCAGGCGUCCCGUCUCCAGGGAGACUGGCCACGCCCCCACUGUCCCCAAUCCAAACACCUAUAAACAGUUGGGGUUCUCAAGUACCCAGUCAACAUGGCGGCCCGCAUGGCAUGUACCGAGAGUCUCUCUCGAGACGGGCUUUAGGGCUCCUUAGGAGAGGCUUUGAACGUCCUCCUGAAGGAUUAAAUCUUGAAAAGAUCUUCAGGGAAUGAUAUAUAAUUGACCCGGACGAGGUGAGCUCCUGACGAAGUUUGUUCCAGAACAAUCUGAUUUUGACCUCACGAAAUCACCAUGACAUCAAUCGCAUCAUCAUCAGCGCCAGUGCAGGAGUUACCCCCUCCCUGGAGAGCAGCCGGCUCCACAUUCUUCUGGCAACAGACCAGUCGUAAGUCCGCCAAGCGGUUCCGCAAGUCCCCUGACGAGCUUCCUCAGUCUCUGCGGUUUGCCAACUUCAAUCCUCGCCUGGCAGCUUUCUUGACGAAACAGGACAAGCAGAAGAAAGCGGAGGCGGAUACUGAAGUGGGUACACACGAGGAGACGGAGGAAGGCGGCAAGAAGAAGGAAAGUUUACUACCGGCAAUCAACCAAACUUUGUCUCUAAUUCAAGAAUCUCUAGAUCGAGCUACCUCGAACUUAGCACAGUUAGAACAGCAAGAACAGGAGAAUAAACUAGCCUGGGACGAUCCACAGAAAAUCCAGUUUGAAGAGUCGAAAUACGCCGCACCUACACUACUUGUAGAGUUGGCAAAAGUUUUGUAUCUAUUUGAACAUGAAGAAACAGUGAACCUUCACACAGAUAUUGUGUGGCAACUCUGUUGGGGAUUCAAAGAGCUCUGUUCGGAUGUGGUAUUCACCAAACGUGAGUGGCAGUCAAAUGCGUACAGAGGAACCUCUGCGACAAAAAAGCACUCGGAAGGUACAAUAGAUCCCACGCAUAUGGACGAAUCAAAAUCGUCCACCAGUCGGAUGGAUGCUGAUCGGGAAACAUCAAAAGAUGAGGAGGGCUCAGAGAGAAGGAGGCGGAGAAGAGCAGGCACCAGGAGUGAUGUGAUAUCAGAAGAAAGUGUGGACUCCCCGCGAGACGACGAUCAAGAUGACUUGAGAUCUAAAGUGGGAUUUGCCCAAAUAAAAGAAGGCCGAGUGCUGUCUGGUGGUGGGAGGUCCAGAACUCGAGCGGAGAGGUUCAAGUUGCCAGGUCUACCAGGGCUACUGACGGAUUCUGGUGCAGAUCGGAAGGUUUCCCUGAUGUCUUCCCGAGCCAGCGGAAUGUUCUACGACACCAGGUCACAGGCCUCCGAUGUGUCAACAGCUCUUCCAUACAGCUCAGCCCACACCCCAGCUGGCUACAUGUCUGUGCUCAACUUCUCUCUGGCCAACAAAGCCUGUGAGGAAAAGGGCUGGAUUGUCCACCCCAACGAGCGAGAUGACCCAGAGAGACAGACCAUGUUGGAAUGGGCAAGACAGAGACUGCUCCUGUCCAUCAAAGUAUCUACUGAACAACAUGAAAAGGCGCUUGAGUUGGGUCACGACAAGCCACUCGUCAUCCGUUACUAUGGCGACACCAAACGAGAAGCCAUGCUGAAGUAUAAGAAGCAGCCGCCGCCCAGUCAGAAGCCGGGAGCCAGGGUGAUGUCACCACCCAAGAUCCCGCGGAUGGACAGCCCAGUGGAGCAGGGCAGGCUGAAGCUCAUGAGACAGCUGCCGGACGGGUCCUGCUCUGUCUUCUACCCAUCAGGUCGUGUAGCGAUCUCGAUCAGCCCUCCCACCAAACCCGGCCAGCUGGGCCUGUACACCAAUGUGUAUGCAGAUAACCUGCAGGGCACCAUGCUGGCCUCAUUCACACCCUCGGGUCACGGCUGCUGCUACCAUCCAAACGGUGUCCCGCGCUUCGUCAUGAGUCCCGAGGGAGGCAUGCUCAUGGAGCCAGACGGAACCAUCUCCAAACAGUGGUCCUGGCCAAAGACGGGGAAACUCCCCGUGACAGUGAAUGUGCAGGUCACAGAGCUGCUUGUGCUCCGCUGUACAAACCUGUCCUCCGUUGCCCUGCACUUUGCCUGUCAGAAGGAGACAGCCAAGUUCAAUGUUGGGCUGUAUGCUGGGGCUGUGCAGCCAAAAGUGGAAGAAAUGGGUUAUCUGAAAACAGAAGGACCAUUCAUUUCCCAAGCAGCCAAAGAGUCAGUCAAACCCAAGAAGAAAGAAAAGGACAGACUGAGAAGAGGAUUUAUCAAACCAAAGUCAAGAUGGGCUAGGGUAUCAGCUACUAAAAAAGAGCGAGACAGAAAGAGGCCUUCUGGUAGUAACCUUGGUGGUACUAAAGAUAACAAGGACUUAGGAAGACCUGACUCAGCAAGAGGCAGCAGUGCCAAAGUCAGACAGGACAGUGAUCCGCAGGCUACACCCAGAGGCAGUGUAGUAGGAGUCCGGCAGGGGUCAGCUAAGGACAGGAGGGAUCAGGAUAGGAAAGAGUCAGUCACAGGCAGAGAUGAAACAUCUGGUAAACAAGCUUCGGGUAGUGCAGGCAAUCUGGAGGAGAAGAGAGUUUCCCAGCAGAUGGCUGAGCUGACCAAGAUUCUGGAGCUGCCGGGAGACAAGGACGAGUUUUUCUCCCAGGCAGAGAAGGACCUGGUCAGACUGCAGCGUAAAGUCAAGAACCUGAUUGAUGAUUGGAUGGAGCACUACCGUAUCGCCAUGCACAUCAGGUCUCCCCACCUCGCCACGCUGUCGCACCGUCCUGGUAAACAGUCUGCCCGACGUACGAUCCAGUCCGCCCGCCCCGCCGCGAAGACUCCUCUGACCUCGCUCUUCCACCAGAUCUCCAAGGAUGAGGAUGGGGAUGAGGAGGGGGAGAAGGUGGAGGAGAGGAACCCUCCCACCAAGCACCAGUCCUUCCGCUCCCCAUCAGCACCACCGCGGCACAUGAUACAGGAGAGGCCGCUGACGGCAGCCUCGUCACGGCCCUUCAGCUCAGCAGAGGCGCUGUCAAGAAAGGGUGAAACAGACUCCAGAGUGCGUCUGGAUCUGGGGAGUGCUAAAGAGGGAGAGCCCAAGUCCCAGGCUGGGUCUGCCAAGACAAGGCAGCAGUCCACUUCCAGUGCAGGGUCUCCGAUGCGAGCUCCCUCAAGCCUCUUCCCAAAGAGUGCCAGCCAUGCCAACCUGUCCACCCCCGAGCGUGUGCGUACCCCGCUGCGGGAGGGCUGCCCCGUCUCGCUGCGUGCUGAGAUCCUGGGAGAGGGCAUCCUGGCCUGCAAGUGUAGCAAGCACAAAGUUCCGCUGGUCAUGGACCUGGAAUUCGACCGUCUCCUCAAGGAGUUUCUUCCCAAGAACCAGCUGAUAAUCAUCGCUGUCACCUCUACGUACUACACGAACGCUAACCCGUGUGAUUCCAUGUUAGAACGGAUGUACAUAGACCGGAACAAAAACAGGACGAUGCCUUGCGUGCAGAGCCGGUCCGAUCCCUUCAGAAUAUUCAAGUACGACAUGGCGGUGGCGGCUGAGCGGACGGACUAUGACCAGCCACUGCUGCUGAGGAGACACAACGCCGUGGCAGGCAUGUUCCUGAUGUACUACAGCGGGAAGCUGCUCUUCUGUGACCACAUCUUCAACGGCUAUGGUAACGCAAAGAAGGACCUCGUCAAGCAGAUACUGAAGACCAAGCAUGAUGCCAAAAUGGGAAACUUCCUGCCAGCUGACUUCCGAUUUUGCCCCAGCAGAGGGAAGGCUGGUCCCCGUGCCGCCUGGGGAGGAGAGAUCGGGGGGACAGGGAUAGGGAAGAGUGGCAAGCCAGGACUACCCAGAGAUGCCAGGUCAGACAGAACAUCGUCUAUCUCCAGCGUCGACUCACGGGAAUUCUAUGUGGAUGCAAAUCGCUGGAGCCAAGGCACGGCGCGAGACGUGGUCACCCUCAGCCUGUCUAAAGACUACUACUUCUUACGGGAGGAGCAGCUCCGUACAGCCAACCCCAGCACAGCCAAACUCCAACCUGUACCAUCUGUAGGAGCCGGGCUGUAGACCAGGAAACAAUUUUUAGCAAACAGACACUGAACUUACAGAAAUCUGUGAAGAGGAUAGGCUCUGAAGGGUCAUUGAAUCCCUUUGCUCCUCUUUCAUAUCCAAAAGGAACUGGAUGGAUGGAUGAAACAUCUCAUUUGACAAAUCAGUAUUGAAGUAAGAUGUGGAAUAACCAAUAGCACCUCAUGACAUGGGUGGUGUGUUAUUUCUGUCAUAUCAUAGUAUCAGUUUUAAAAGCUGAUUAGCCAAGUUGAGUUUUCCAGAAAAUUCUGCCUUGUGGAAAGUAGUUGCGUGUGAGUUGAAAAAAUAGUGGAAGCUGUUGGAUUGCAUAUUGGGUGUUUUGUCAAUCAUCAGUCUUGUUGCAUGUAUCAAAGUUAUUGGAGAUUAUGUGAAGUUAUGAUUACACUAUUGAAUCUAUACAAGACCUUUGUUUGCCACGUGUCUUUCAGAUUUGUGAAUUAUACAUGUAGGUAUUGUUUGUGUUGCAAUGUUAUGUUAGAUAACAUGUGAUGACAUAAUGUUACAUUUACAUAUGAAAAGUCUAUAUUGUUCUGUACCUUUCAGUAGUACAGUUGUAAGGUUUCGAGUUGGAGAAAAUUGGAUAUUGCAACCUGGUGCUCGAUAUGCCUCAUGUUCUUAAAAUGUAUGUAGAUGUUGCCCUAAGACUCAGCUUUCUGACAAAGUGUUGUUUUUUUUAGAUAACAGAAAUAUGGUAUCCUUAUGUAUUACUUGUCUUCCAUAAAGCUGUAAUUAUCAUUAUUCUAUGUACAUAACUGUUAUUUGUAUAUUUCUGCAAAAUGAAAAGAGUAAAUUGAUGUUUUAUGAUAAAAGUGUCCAAGUCAUUUGUUUCUGCACAAAAUCAAUAACCUGGUCCAUCUAUGUCACAGUCUAUGCAUUCUCCUACACAGAGAGUCCAACAGCAAACCGCCUGUUGUACAACAAGCGGUUUGCCAUUGGACUCUCUGCGAAGUCUAUGAAGUCUGUAAAGGUUCAAUUUAACUAAUUGCCAACUAUCUGGAUAAAGUUAAACUUAAACUUCCCAAAUGAGACAUCACAGAAGCAGUGGAUUAUCCAUGCCUUGAAAAAGACUGGAGUUGAAGAGUCAAAAAUUUUGUUUCGGAAGUUAAAUUUAACUUUAUCCAGAAUGACUUCUACAAAGAACGCAGAUGAACUUUCAAGUUACGGCGCCAGAGAUUAUUGCAAUUUAGGGCCAUGAUUGACAACUUCAGCCAUUCCAAAAGACUUCAGCGCAAUUGUAUUGAGAACAAACCACAAUGUCGUAAGUCCCAUAGUCCAUUCACUGUGAAGCCGUUUACAUUAGAGUAUUUCCAAUUUGCCAGAGUACCAACCUCAUUUAUCACACAUCUAACUAGGUUGAUACACACAGCUUAUGAACAUUAAUCCACAAAUGUAAACGUCACAUCACCUACUUCCACUUCUCUACAUGUACAAAACCACGAUGUACAGUUUUGUCUUGACAGCCUUGUGACUGUAUUUUUUUUCAUUUAAUGACAUAACGAUCAACAUGAAAUAACUGCAAGUACAGCAACAGUUUCAUUGUAACACAAUUAUGAUUACUGUUUCCAAAAAGCUGGUGCCUGUGUGUUUCUAUCUUGCAGAAGCAAGGUGUAAGUAUUGCAGCUACAAUGGUAGAAAACAUCAAAUAGCAACUACAACACAUUUCCCCAUCACCACUGACUACAGUUAUCCCAUGACAGACAUCUAAUUGGACGGAUAAUUCCGGAGAUGUAGCGUGAUGUCACGUCCAAAGUCUGAUGAUCUUAUGAAAGCAUCUGUACAUUAUAAGGGUGGCUAGGAACAAGGAAUGUCUUAAUCCGCUUUUCAAGGAUUCUUCAGAUUUACAACUACAUAAAACAGAUUCUAUGAACACUUAUCCUAAACCUUAGGAACUUUGCUGUGGCUGUUGAGAUGCCUAGCUAGCAAAUCUGUCAACAUAAUGUCUAUCAAUGACCAACAAAGUAAAAUCAAACUAAAACAUUUCUUUCUUUAACAAUUGGGCUUUGAAACACUUUGGAUGAAAAGACAGCACCUAUAAGCUUCACAUAAACUGGUAUUAAAGGCAUUUUGAAAAAGCUACCAAACACUGGUAUACAAAAAUUAAAACAGUAAUUCUCAUUCAGUUGCUUUUUCAGGUUGGGUCAUCUCUUAUCAAAAUAAUCUCUUCACAUCUCCUUUCUCAGGAUUUUACAGCACAGUGCCUUGUAAAAAAUCUAGAUAUACAACAAAUAACAUACUUUAUACACACAUAUAGUUACAGAUUUCAAAUUCACAGGAUCAACAAUACCCAUUAGAAAAAAAUCGGGGUAAAAUUUGAUCAACAAAAUCAAUAAAUGCUGACAAGUCUGCCUUCUCUCGAUUGUAGGUUACAUUACCACUUUGAUACUUAUUACUGCACAACUCAGUAGGAACAACGUAAAGAAUGUGAUUGAUGAUCCUACAUUAUCAUUAACAUAAUUAAUAUCUGUAAAUGCCAAGCUAGAUACUGUGACAAA